AUUUGUAACGGGUGGGCCAUGAAUAUGUUGAAUUUUAAACUGCGUGUUAUUAAUGAAGUUGACAAUUUGACUGUCAUUAAUUGUUGACAGUGAUUUAAUUUUAUCCUUCCGCUAACCGAAUAUGCAUCGCUUUAGUCUAGAUCAACGUUUUGAAAUACUCAAAACUUAUUUUGAGUGUAACUCUGUGGUUGUCGAGAUGGCGCGAAAAUUGCGUACAAAGUUUGGAAGAAAUGAGGCGACUUCAAACCAAGGAAUUAAGAAUUUUAUGAUAAAGUCCGAAAAACUGGAAUGCUGGUGGUCGUAAAACAUGUUCCGCAUGCUCAUCCUACGCGUACACCUGAAGUAAUUGCUGCUGUAGCCAAAAGUGUGCGCCUUAACGCGUCAACAUCAACUCGGCGUAGAAGUCAAUAUCUUGGCCUUUCUCGUACUACUCUGAGGAGGAUUCUGCACAAAGACCUCGGUAUGUUUGCGUACAAAGUCCAGUUCGUUCAGGAGUUGAAGCAAGUUAACUAUCCACACCAUUUUCGCUUCGCUGAGUGGGCUCUAAACCAGUUGAACGAUGACCCUGGUUUUGCAAGAAAAAUCAUCUUUUCGGAUGAGGCGCAUUUUCACAUCGGAGGUUAUGUUAACAAACAAAACUCAAGGAUUUGGGACACGGAAAAUCCACACGUCGUCGUAACAAAGCCCAUUCAUUCAGAUCGAGUCACUGUGUGGUGUAGAUUUUGAAGUAGCGGCGUGAUUGGACCCUUUUUCUUUGAAAAUGAGGCUGGCCGCGCCGUUACGAUCAAUGGCGACCUCUAUCGAGAUAUGAUAACGAACUUUUUGUGGCAGGAAUUGGAUGAUAUCAAUCUCGAUCAGGUCUUGUUUUAACAAGACGGCGCAACUUGCCAUACCGCCGCGGACACCAUCAAUCUUUUGCGCACAAAAUUUAAUAAUCGUGAAAUUAGCCGUUUCGGAGAUGUUAAUGGAGCUGCGAUUUAACACCACUUGACUUAUUUCUUUGGGGCGCAUUAACGAAUAGAAAAUUAUGCGGAUAAUCCUCAAACAAUUGAGCACUUAAAACAGAACAUUCAAGUUCAAAUUGCUCAAAUAGAGCAGCAAACUGUUGAAAAAGUGCUUGAAAAUUGGUGUUCCAGGAUGGGCUACUGCCAAGCCAGUCGAGGUGGCCACUUAAAAGAAAUAAUUUUCCAUACUUAAAUAAAGUUAAAUUUGUUGGAAAAAAAAAUAAUUUUUCUUGUCCUCAAAGCUAAUUUAUAAUUCAACAUAUAAAUGGCCCACCCUUUAGUAUAAUGAGGUGGCUUGGUAAAUAAAGCACGUAGGUUUAUAGAGAAAAACCCUUUACAUUAUCGGAACAACUAUAACUAAGAAACGAAUGAACUGAUAUAACGAAAAUAAUGUUUAUUCGCGUAUGAAGAGAGAAUAGAGGAUCGUCUUACAUGUACCCACUGAAUGACCGACUGUAAUAUAUGUUUUAAAACCACGUUUGUUUGUAUGUAUGUACGAGUUAUCUACCGUUUUACUCAAUCGCGCUAGCUAGAUAAACUAUACUCUGCUAAACUCCACGCGGAGAACUUCAGAGAAAAAUAAUCGUUAAUGUAAUCAAAAUAAUAUCACUACAGGCGCACUGCAAAAAUAAAUUCCUAACAAUGUUCACUAGCAUCCGGGUUAUUAUAAGUUCAUUAUUGAUUUGAAAUUAUAAAAUUUUAUUUAUUUCAUUUAUAUUUUUAGGAUGUUUGUUCAUAGCAACUUUUGCUCUGAUUCCAAAAUUUACUAAUGAAAAGACUCUACCAUUUGUUGCUGAUUAUCCGUUUGACUGGACCAUCUCUCCUUUCUAUGAAAUAACGUACGUUUGUCACUUGUUUUUUAUUGUCUUGUUAGGAUUAGGUGUUUCAGUUGGAGAGGAUUUAUUAGUUAUGGCAAUAUUGUUAAGUACUGCUUAUCAAUUCUUUAUUCUUCGAAUAUGUUUUGAAGUAUUUAAUACCGAUGGUAUAAAUAAUGUCAACAAAAAGUUAAGAAAGUUACAAUCUGAUCAGUUAGAUUGUAAAUAUGAUGAACUAACAGAAUAUUUUAUUCGAUGCGUGCGCCAUCAUGAAAUGCUUUUAAGAUUUACGAAAUCAUUUAAUGAUGUUAUAAACCCUAUGGAAGUCUCACAAUUAAUAAUGAGUGUCGCUUCAAUUUGUCUUGGUAUCUUACGUUUGUCUAAAAUGGCCAGUUUAUUGCCUGAUGCUAUAUUUCAAUGUAAAUGGAUAAACUUGGAAAGUAAGCAGUUACAAUUAAAAAAGGAUAUUGCUUUUGUUAUUCAACAUGCUCAUAGAAUUCCUCAGUUCAAUGCCUACAACUUAUACGAUAUGAACAUGACAUCUUUCGUAAAGGUUCUCAAAUUGGCGUUUUCAGUUUAUACAGUUUUGUCAUCACUUGAAAAGAAGGAAUGAAUAACAGCAUCCUAUAUUCAAUAGUUUGCUUAUGUUUAGUUUCACCAAGUUAUGAAAGAGAGCACAAUAAUUAUGGAAAAUCAGUAAUAUUUGAAAGUAUCUUUAUCAUUAUUACGGACAGCUUUUUUUAUAUUUAUUUAGAUAUGUGUAUUUUUAAAUAACCCUUACAAUUUGUCGCAAAUUAGCACUAAAACUGGCUUGCAAGCUGAACGUACUUAUUAUUAUUAAAUAAUUUGCUCGAAACACAAGUUUUUUA